CAACCCCGGGCGACCACGAAGGGGCGUUCGGGAUCGGCGUCGCUCCGAAGACCGCUGCCGCCUUCAGCAUUUUGUCGCAGCUGGUCGGCUGGGCAGCCGCGAAAACGCGGCGGCACCAUGUAGCAAGCACGACGACGCCUAGUGUUGAAGAUUCGGUGAACAGUCCGGAGUUUCAAUACGCUAUCAGAAAAGGCAUUGCCGACUACACCAACCAGCAGAUAUCGGACGUCAGCCUGCACAUUGACCAGUCGCAAGUGGAAAACGUAACCAUCGUGGACGAGGGUUCAUCUACUAGUAGCACAAGCUUCUUGAUGUUAUCUGCUGCCCAUAAUAGUACAAUACCAGACUCUAGUACUUCUCGCAGUGCAGGUGAGGUGCAGAGGAGGACCGCCGCUGCUCGUCCCGAGAGGUCGACUCUCAGCAACGCCAGCUCCAUUGUCAGUGUGAUGCAGAGGUUCAAAAGCGACGCACAGGAGACCGUGGAGGUGACCUUUCACAUCAACACAACCUCCGAGGAACAGGCGUGGGCAGUAAACGACGUGUGGAAGGUAUCCAAGUAUGGCUACUGGGCAUUGCUCGUGAGCAGUUGACACAACGCUGGUCGCCUACCGGGGGCCGCGGUUGUGCCCCGUGCAUGUGAAACGGAAAAAGUUCGAAGAAUUUUUUCCCGACAAACGUUGUAGGUAAGCACGAUCACUUUCGACCACCCAGGCAUUAUUUUGCUAGCCAGUAUAUGCGUCGUGCACGGCGAUAGUAGAUAGACCAAAUGCACUGCUGAUCGUUGCAGCAAUACCCUCCCUCUUUGCAUAGUGUUUUGUGAAGGAGGGCACUGACGAAUACGGGGCAAUGGUGGGGGUGCAGAAGGAUGAGAUUGUGGCCCAGAACAUAACUGGACUGGAAAUCAUUGAAAUUACCACUACCAGCACGACUACAUCCACUAGCACCACGACAACCACCACAACUACGACCACCACGGUAGACUGUGUUGGUUCGUGGAACGUGACCGACUUGCAGGCGCAGUGCACCGGGCAGGGGGAAACCGUGACGCGAAUUUUCACC